AUGCCAUCGUUGAUACGACGUACUGCUGAGAAAACACCCCCCGGAUUCCCGUCGAUAUCGCCCCCAUCAACGACCCUGGUGGUAGAAGUUGGUCACAUCGCAACACUGCCCUGUCAGGCGACAGGAACCCCACCCCCUAAAGUGCGGUGGCUCUUCAACUCGCUACCACUGGACGUCGCUUCGAAUCCCAGAUACGGCAUCUUAAAUGAUAACAUGCAUGGGACCCUGCAAAUAGUGAAGAGUGAGGAGGAAGAUCAGGGCAAGUACGAGUGCGUGGCUGAGAAUUCCAUCGGUACUGAGUUCUCGAAACCCACUUCUUUGUAUGUAAAAGUGAGAAGAGUCGCCCCGCAGUUCUCGAUUCCGCCUCCCCCUCGGACCGAAGUGAUGCUGGGCGGGAAUCUAACGUUGAAGUGUGUUGCCGUCGGUUCGCCUAUGCCUACUGUUAAAUGGAGAAAAGGUUUGACAAAAUGGCUGACGCCCGAAGACAACCCUCCGUUAGGUAUAAACACGUUGAAAUUAGAGGAUAUCAGGGAAUCUGCGAACUACACGUGCGAAGCGGCCAGUGUUCUCGGAGUUAUUGACGCAACUGCUGAGGUCAAAGUUCAAUCGUUACCCGGACCGCCUAUGGAAGUGAGGGCGUCCGAGAUCACGGCAACUACAGUGCGUCUGGCGUGGACAUAUAACGGGCCAGAAGAACCACAAUACUACGUCAUACAAUAUAAACCUAAAUAUGCUAACCAGGCAUUCAGCGAAAUAUCGGGUGUGAUAACUCAGUACUACUCAGUGACGAAUCUAUCGCCGUACACUGAGUAUGAAAUGUAUGUGAUUGCUGUAAACAAUAUUGGUCGAGGCCCGGCGUCGGAACCCGCGGUUAUUACAACUGGAGAAACUGUGGAUUCAUUAUAUGGAGGUGCCAAACCCGGGUCAGCCCCUCGCAAUGUCCAAGUUCGACCAUUGAGCUCCAGCACCAUGGUCAUUCAAUGGGAUGAACCGGAGACUCCUAACGGUCAAGUAACGGGAUAUAAGGUUUAUUAUACGUCGGAUCCGUCGCAAUCUCUACAAUCGUGGCACUCGCAAAUGAUGGAUAAUAAUCACUUGACAACGAUCAGCGAAUUGACUCCGCACACAGUGUAUACGAUACGAGUCCAGGCAUUCACGUCCGUUGGUCCUGGACCCAUAUCUGCACCUGUUCAAGUCAAAACUCAGCAAGGUGUACCGUCCCAACCUUCGAACCUUGUGGUGGUAGAAGCGGGAGAGACAUCAGUCACGUUGUCUUGGCGAAGACCGACUCACGCGGGUGACAACAUUGUCUCCUACGAGUUGUAUUGGAACGACACAUAUGCGAAGGAACAUCAUAAGAAGCGGAUACCGAUAACGGAGACCUACACCCUCAACGGCCUGUACCCCAAUACAUUAUACUACAUCUGGUUGGCCGCGAGGUCCCAAAGGGGCGAAGGCGCCACAACGCCACCUAUAGCAGUCCGGACAAAACAAUACGUUCCCGGAGCGCCACCUAUGAAUGUGACGGCUGUGGCGUUUUCGCCGACUGCGAUUCGGGUGUCAUGGCAACCGCCGCCGGCCGAAAGGGCCAACGGGAGAAUUGCUUACUACAAACUUCUUUGUGUGGAGUCUGGGAGGGGGGAUAGCGAGGCCAUGGUGGUGAAAUUGAACCAAUCUACGUUUGUACUGGACGAGCUGAGGCGAUGGACGGAAUAUCGCAUCUGGGUCCUGGCCGGGACCAGCGUUGGAGACGGACCGGCCUCAUACCCUGUCACAGUGCGCACACACGAAGACGUGCCUGGGGAACCGCAAGAUGUCAAAGUAAACGCCAUCAACUCCACGUCUAUUCACGUGACUUGGAAGCCGCCUCAAGAAAAAGACAAGAAUGGCAUCAUCCGAGGCUAUCAUGUCCAUGUGCAAGAAGUUAAAGAAGAGGGGAAAGGCUUUCUUAACGAUCCAAUGCGUUUCAAUGUUAUGGAUGACACUACAUUGGAGUUGAACGUUUCUGGCUUGCAACCCGAUACUAGAUAUAACGUCCAAGUAGCAGCUCUUACCAGAAAAGGUGAUGGUGACAGAAGUCCGCCCGUAUCAGUUAAAACACCGGGUGGAGUACCGAAUAGACCUACCGUAAAUCUAAAGAUUUUAGAACGAGACCCUAUAGUAUCAAUAGAAAUAGAAUGGGCUAAACCCACACAAACUUAUGGUGAUCUCUUAGGCUUCCGGUUGAGAUAUGGAAUCAAGGAUCAACCUUUAGAGGAAAUUAACUUUUCUGGUACUAAAGUAAAUUCACAUAGAAUUAACGAUUUGGAAAGAGGUGUCCAAUAUGAGUUUCGUGUAGCUGGUAGAAAUCCUAUAGGUAUUGGGCAGGAAGCUAUAAAAUAUUGGCUUACACCAGAAGGUGCACCUAAAGGGCCACCAACGAAUGUAACUUAUCAUUUCCAAACACCCGACAUCAUAAGUAUUACAUGGGAAACCCCAAUAAGAGCAGAUAGGAGUGGGCAGAUACGAAAGUACGACGUGCAAUUUUACAAAAAAGGCGAUCAAGCGUCACUCAUUGAAAGGACCACAGAACUAACUAAAGCCGUGUUUACGGGCUUGGAAGAGGAUGCCCAUUAUGUGUUCAAAGUUAGAGCGUAUACGGAUCAAGGAGUGGGACCAUACAGUAAGGACAUAACGGCCCAUACAGAACGAGAUAUAGGUAGAGCACCUAUGUCAGUUAAAGCGGUGGCUACUUCUGAAUCUGGCAUAGAAGUUUGGUGGGAAACUGUUCCAUCGAGGAAGAAAUUAAUCGGUUAUGUUAUAUUCUAUACAAUGACACCCGUAGAAGAUUUGGAUGAGUGGCAGCAAAAAACGGUUCAUGUGACGCAUUCAGCCGACUUAGAAAAUUUAGAAAAAUUCGCUGAAUAUGCUAUUGCUGUCGCAGCAAAACUGUCUGAUGGUUUGGGAAGGUUAUCCGAAAAGAUAAAGGUAAAAGUAAGGCCGGAAGAAGUGCCGUUACAUUUAAGAGCUCAAGACGUGUCCACCCAUUCUAUGACUCUGUCUUGGUCCCCGCCCUUACGAUUAAAUCCCGUUAGUUAUAAGAUUUCAUAUAAUGCUAUAAAGGAGUUUGUCGAUUCUGUAGGCAUGACGCAAACACAAGAAAUUCCUAAAAGAGAAAUUGUUGUAAAACAUGAUCGAACAUCAUAUUCUAUUAAUGAUCUUUCGCCAUUUACAACGUACUAUGUUAACAUAAGUGCCAUUCCUAAUGACAAGUCCUAUCGACCACCAACCAAAAUCACAGUCACAACUCAAAUGGCAGCUCCAAAACCAAUGGUUAAACCAGACUUUUACGGUGUUGUUGAAAACGAAAUACUUGUUAUACUACCUCAAGCUUCGGAAGAAUAUGGACCCAUUUCACACUACUAUGUGGUUGUCGUGCCGGAUGAUAAAGCACACAAUCAUAAAAAUCCCGAUCAAUUUUUGACUGAAAAUUUAAUUAAGAAUAACGCUAGAACUGAUGACGAAAACGCACCAUAUAUUGCCGCUAAAUUCAUACAAAGGACUAUUUUAUACACGUUCCAUCUUGGCAAUGAUGAAAUGUAUGAAGGAUUUCUUAAUAGAAAGCUUCACCAAAAGAAGAAAUACAGAGUUUUUGUUAGAGCGGUCGUUGACACCCCGCAGAAACAUCUUUACACAUCUAGCCCAUUUUCCGAAUAUUUAUCACUUGAUAUGCGAGAAGCUCCCCCAGGCGAAGAACCAAGCAGACCAGAUCCUAAGGAUAUCAAUGGUGAUCCAGAAAUAAGAAUAGAAGAAAACAGAAAAGAAGCAGGCAUGGUAUGGGUUGUUGGUCCAAUAAUAGCUGCGCUUAUGUUAUCACUAUGCUUAGUAUUGUUAUUUAUUGUAAAGAGAAGAAGACAACCAUGCAAAACUCCCGACCAAGCUGCCGUUACAAGACCGCUAAUGUCCGCCGACAUAGGUUUUGGUGCACCCUCAGAUCCUGUGGAAAUGAGAAGGCUUAACUUCCAAACCCCAGCUAUGAUAUCCCAUCCUCCGAUUCCUAUUUCUGAGUUAUCUGAGCAUAUUGACAGAUUGAAAUCGAAUGAUAAUCUUAAGUUUUCUCAAGAGUACGAAAGCAUAGAACCUGGUCAGCAAUUUACUUGGGAUCACUCUAAUAUGGAGGUUAACAAACCGAAAAACCGCUACGCCAAUGUCAUUGCUUAUGACCACAGUCGCGUCAUUCUUCAACCAAUCGAUGGUAUUCUAGGCAGUGACUAUAUUAACGCUAACUACUGCGACGGUUAUCGAAAACAUAACGCCUAUGUUGCCACACAAGGACCUUUGCAAGAAACAUUUGCAGAUUUCUGGCGAAUGUGUUGGGAAUUACGAACUUCCACUAUUGUCAUGAUGACAAAACUUGAAGAGAGAACUAGAAUCAAGUGCGAUCAGUAUUGGCCAAGCCGAGGAAGUGAAUCUUACGGAAUGAUGACCGUGACUAUUGCUGAAGUCCAGGAGUUAGCAACGUACUGCAUUCGUACCUUCCAAUUGACUAGAAACGGUGGAGCUGAACGGCGAGAAGUCAAGCAGCUACAGUUUACAGCGUGGCCUGAUCAUGGCGUUCCCGACCACCCAGCCCCAUUCUUACAAUUCCUGCGACGUGUAAGAGCUUUGAACCCGCCUGAUGCUGGACCACUCGUUGUCCAUUGCUCCGCUGGUGUAGGCCGUACCGGCUGCUUCAUCGUAAUUGAUUCAAUGCUAGAAAGAGCCCGACACGAACGCACGGUGGAUAUCUACGGCCAUGUGACCUGCUUACGCGCGCAACGCAACUACAUGGUGCAAACUGAAGACCAAUACAUUUUCAUCCACGACGCUUUACUCGAAGCUGUGAUCUGCGGUGAUACAGAGGUACCAGCGCGGAACCUGCACUCACACAUUCAGAAGCUGAUGCGUAUCGAUUCUAUUGAAAAUAUAACUGGGAUGGAACUGGAGUUUAAGAAAUUGGCUAACAUGAAAGCCGAUUCUAGCCGUUUUGUUUCGGCGAGUCUACCGUGCAAUAAGCAUAAGAAUAGGCUGGUGCACAUUCUGCCGUACGAGUCGACGCGUGUGUGCUUGACACCUCGUGAUGGCUCCGACUAUAUCAACGCUUCGUUCGUGGAUGGAUAUAGGUACAGGGCUGCUUAUAUUGCAACUCAGGGCCCUCUUCCUGACACAACGGAUGACUUCUGGCGUAUGCUAUGGGAACAUAACUCUACAAUUAUAGUGAUGCUGACGAAAUUGAAAGAAAUGGGACGGGAAAAAUGUCAUCAAUACUGGCCUUCGGACCGGUCUGUCCGCUAUCAGUGCUUUGUCGUUGAUCCAAUUGCUGAAUACAAUAUGCCUCAGUAUAUUUUGAGGGAAUUCAAGGUAACAGACGCACGCGACGGGGCAUCUCGAACAGUCCGCCAGUUCCAAUUCACCGAUUGGCCGGAACAGGGCGUGCCCAAGAGUGGGGAAGGCUUCAUAGACUUCUUGGGGCAGGUUCAUAAAACCAAGGAACAGUUUGGUCAAGACGGGCCUAUUACCGUACAUUGCAGUGCUGGUGUUGGUCGUACUGGCGUUUUUAUAACGCUGUCGACAGUGCUGGAACGUAUGCAGUACGAAGGGGUGGUUGACGUUUUCCAAACUGUACGCACUCUACGCACGCAGAGACCCGCCAUGGUGCAAACUGAGGACCAGUACGAAUUCUGCUACCGCGCUGCGCUGGAGUACCUCGGCUCCUUCGACCACUACGCCAACUGA